AUGCUGAGCACCGUGCCUUUCGUGAUCGUCCUGACUUUCUUGGGACAGUUGAGCGCCGACCAGGAUAAUGGUUCUUUAAUCUCCGAAACGCAUUCCACAAUGCAUAACCAGAAGAUCAUCCCACCGAAGUUCGAGCUAAUUGGGUCCAGAUAUUUUUAUAUCGAAUUAAGUAGUCCGGAAACCUGGGAUAAGUCCGCAGAAAUAUGUCGUGGAAUGGGCGGCUAUUUGGCGGCUUUCAAAACUCAAGAGGAAAUCGCAGCCAUAACGCCGAAACUUUAUUAUAUUGUCUGGUUCUGGACUGGCAUAAAGCAUUCGAAGGAAGAUGGAAAGUUCAUAUCUACGGCCUCCGGGAAGCCUGCUACCGUGUUUAAGUGGAGGGAGGGAGAGCCGAGCAAUAGCGGUGAUUGCGUUUAUCUUGGGGACUUGGGGAUGGGUGUUUUCAAUUGUAGUGAUACAAGUUAUUUUAUUUGCCAAUCGGAUAAUGAAACAUAA